CAGAUAAAGGUUGGUAGUAAUGCGCAUGGCGUCGUUGUUUGUUGACGCUUGUUUAGUGUUUUCCCUCCAUUAAUGUUUUAAAUUAUAAUGCUAAUUUAAUUUUAGUUGGUUUUUGCUUUUAAUAUUUAUUAUGUUAAUUUUUACUGUCCGUGACGCUUAUUUGUGACCAUGGCCCUUCUGUUUGGUGAAAAACCGUGCUUUGGAGAAGAUAUUAAGGACUAUGAGGUCCAGGAUUCAAUAGGAAAGGGUGGAUUUGCAGUCGUGUAUAAAGCAAGAUGUUUGAAAACAGGAAAUGAAGUUGCCAUUAAAAAGAUCGACUCGGAGCGCAUGCGGGCGGCCAACAUGGUGGCGCGAGUGCUGCAGGAAGUGGAGAUCCACUCGCGCCUCAAGCACCCGUCCAUCGUCGAGCUGUACACGUUCUUCGAGGACAAGCACCACGUGUACCUGGUCCUGGAGCUGUGCCACAACGGGGCCUUCCAGAACUACCUCAAGGCCAAGGGCACCCUGUCGGACCUCGAAGCGAGCAGAGUGGUGCGGGAGGUGGUGGAGGGGGUGCUGUACCUCCAGUCACACAACAUCGCGCACCGGGACUUGUCUCUCUCCAACCUGCUGCUCACCAGCGACAUGAGAGUGAAAAUAGCAGAUUUUGGAUUGGCCACGCAGUUGGCGCGGUCGAGCGAGAAGCAUUACACAAUGUGCGGGACUCCCAACUUCAUCUCUCCAGAGGUGGCGACGCGCUGCUCGCACGGCCUGGAGACGGACGUGUGGGCCAUCGGCUGCAUGCUGUACACCUUGCUGGUGGGGCGGCCCCCGUUCGACUCGAGCGGCGUCCAGAGCACGCUCACGCGGGUGGCCAUGGACCUGCACAAGGUUCCGGCUCACAUUUCGCCGGACGCCAAGGACCUGAUAGACCUGCUGCUCCGGAAGAACCCGGAGGAUCGCAUCAAGCUGCCCGACAUCCUCACUCACCCCUUCAUGAAGCACUGCAUGCUGGAGAACAUCCUGCCUGAGCUGUGCAAGCGUGUCUCCCUGGACAGCGGGAGGGACUCCAUGUGUACGAGUAUCGACUCCCCGAGGCUCGUUUCAGAUGGACACCUCUCGCACAUCAAAUCGAGGGCGGAAGACGGCUCGUGUCACAGUUGCGGCCGGGCUGCUCACAACGCUGGCAGGUCCAGCUCGCUGUCCAACGUGUCGCAGAGGCAGUUCAGCGGCCGCAGCGUCGAGGCGGAGCCCCGGGCGAAGGGCCCUUGCAAGGGGAGUCACGGCAGCGACGUCGGCGAGAGAAGACACGAGUCCGUGCAUAAAGCGGACUGCAGCGGGGGCGGGAGCGCGAAGGCGUGUGCUUGUGAGGAGCAGAGCAGGAGGAGCAGGAGUCGGAGGGACGAGGCGAGGGAGGAGGGCAGGCCGUGCUGCGAGAAGAGCUCCUUGCACAGCUGCGGCAGCCAGCACCGCAGCAGGCAGCGCAGGAGCAGCGAGAGCAGCGGCGCCGGCUCUCUGCCGUGCCAGGAGCACGACGGCCGCAGCGACCGGCGCGGCAGGAAGGGCCUCGCGCCGUGCUGCGGUCCCGGGCUGGGCCGCUCUCCUCCGGACGCCAAGAAGCCGCCGCAGCUCUGCACUCGCAGGCUGCUGCCCAACAAGUUCAGGAGCAAGGCCCUGAUGCUCAGCCUUCUCGACUCUGGGGACGUGGUCGUGGAGCGCAUCAAGAAGCAUCGCAUCGUCGAUGUGUGCUGGAUCUCGGCAGACGGACUGCGGGUGGCAGUUUACCAACCGGGCGGUGGCAAGGGUGUUCCUGUGAAGGAUACUCCGUUGGAAAUCCCGGAGCAGGGGGCCGAUUACAUCUACAACUACGAAUCACUCCCGACCAAAUGUUGGCGGAUGUAUCACAUUGCAUUUAGAUUUGUGACCAUGCUAAAGGAAAGAACUACAAAAAUAACAUACUACAGCGAGAAAGCCAAAUGUUAUGUAAUGGAGAAUGGGGACUUUGAAGUUACUUUUUAUACGGGCGGGAAGAUCACAAGGACGGCUGAAGAGGUACACGUGAUAGGCCCGGGGGAACGGAAGGUGACAGUACAGCUGUCCGGCAGCGGGGCGGAACUUCUGUGUCCGGCCACCAGACUGCUGUGGAAUCACUAUGAGGAGUGCUACAAUUAUUGCUCUUGCUUGGAGGGACUGCUGACCGAGCAAGACAGCUCAGGCCGUUGCUUCCCAGCGAUACUGGGCCAGCGCCGUGUUCCGUCCCUGCAGGCGGCGGCGACGGCCGGCGAGGAGGGCGCGGCGUCCCCAGGUUCCGCUCCCUCGACCGUGAGUUCGCAGCAUCAAAUGUUUAACACUUCUUCGGUGACAUCUGGGCUACCCCCUUCCGAAACCAAAGCUGCAGGCCAGUUUUCCAGAAAGCUUGAAGGGCUGACUUUGACCACACUGCCGGACGGGCAAGUGGAGGUGCGCUACCCCGACGGCUGCCGCCUGGCGGUGAGGUCGGACGGCGCGGGGGACGUGCGCUUCACGGACCGGGAGGGGCGGUCCUGGGAGUACGGGCGGGACGGCGCGAUGCCCGACAUGGUUCGUGAGCGCCUGGAGCAGUUCCCCGCCGUCCUGCGCCGCUUCACGAGGGGCAGCGCGACCAGGUGACAAAGAGUCGAAGCAACAAGUUCAAGCUGUCCCUUAAAGAACACUUUAUUCUUCACUGCCACUUAGCCUGACAAGAUCUGAACAACGCAAUCUCUGUACAGUAUUCCAGCAAAUUUUUUAUACUUGAAGUACCAAUGAAUGUGUAUAUAGUGCAGUCAUUUCUAGCAUAGUUAGGUAUUUUGAUGUGUUUGAUAACUUUUUACAAUAUUUUUAUGUGAGCGUUUUACUGAGAUACAUUUAGGUAUAUGUAAAUAUAUGUACUGUUAAAUCUGAUAUAUAGAAUCUAUGAACCACUGAAAGUAUUAAGUAGUUCAAAAAAAUAUGUAUCAUAUGCAUCACAAACUGCAUUUUUGUAAGUUAUAAUUUAAAGCAGGUAUAUACCUAGAGGUGAAUGAGUAAUUCCAAUUAGUAAUACGUAUUUUGUAGCACAGCAAUUAAAACAAUUAAUGUUCAGAGAGAUGAAAAAUUCAAGUCAUUUACUCUUAAAAAUUUAUUAAAAUUUUAAAAGACUGUAGAAAUUCUUACAAAAAAGUACUCUUUAUUAAUAAAAUAAUUUAUUUUUGUUUUGGGAUGAAUCUUGUAGCUUCCAUGGUGACUCACAAUUGCGGGUUGUUAGGAAAUACAAUAUACUUCUCUUGAAAGAAGGGCAAACUUGGAAGACUGAAUGAAUUUUUUUGCUUCAUUGUAUUAAUAAUGAAAUUUUUCUGUGUCCACACAUUUUUAUGAAAAUUUUUAUCAGUUGAAAAAUUUGAAAAUGUUAAUAUUUUAAGUUCAUUGGUAAUCAAGAGUUGAGGAAAGUUAAAUAGUCUAGCCUUCAGGUUCUAUAAUAUUUUGUGUCUGUUUACAGUAGUAGUAUUUAUUAUGACAUUCACAAUGUGCCAAGUAUAAUAUAUAUUCAUAUGUACUUGCUUGUACUAGGUAUAGUUUAGGUACGUAGUUUUGGUGUACGUAUUGUUGAUAGUCGUUUUUAUUGAUUCGCAAGGUAGCAGGUUUGUACGGCCACAGUCUUCUGGGCUUAGCUGCGUCUGGCUAUGCUUGUAAAGUUACUGCUUUUAUUGGUUAUUGCUUUUAUGUUUUUAUGUAAAUUAUUUUUUACACUCACCCCCCUUCCCCCUCACCUUUUUUUUCCCCCACCAUGAACAAGUAAUGGCAAACUUUUGGCUGAGUUGAAUGCAAAGCAGUAAGGAUGAGUCAGAUAGCUUAUCAACCUCUGCUUUUACCCACCUGUGGCAUGCCAGCAAUGUAGGCACCGCCCAUGUGGAAAUAGCUACGUAUAUCCAAAUACUAGCCUAAUGUAUUCCUUAGCUAAGGGAUCCACCUAAAGUGAAUCGUAGUGGACUGUGCCAUCUGGAUUCUCACAAAGGAUGCCAAUGCAUCCCUGCAUGCGUCCACUAACUCGAGAUUUCUAAGGAUGCGACACUCGCAUCCACUGAUGCGUCCCUACUUCCAUUAGCUUCUAAAUUGUGUUCUAUUUUAUUUAUUUAUAAUAUUAUUUUAAAUUUUUGGCGUAAGAAUUUUUAAAACAUUAUAAGUGAUAACUUAAAUAGAGACAAAUAGACGUUAAUAAAAAUUAUCGAAAGGAAAAUUUGAACUUAUAGGGGUAUUUAAUACUUAUUAUUAGUAUAUUUUUUUUAUAAUUUGAGAUUCAUAACAAUAUGUUUAUUUUCAUCGCUAAAAUUUAUAACAUCCAUGUUGCAUUAAAUCUUUCAAAUUGGUUGUUGUUAUUAACGUUUUGCAGAAUAUUCUGCGAUAUCAUGACUCAAAAUGGUUAUGUUAACAUUAUUAUGGCCAACUGUAAACAGUUGGUGCUAGCGGUAUAAGUAUUUGAAUUGUAUCCAUCCCUUAGAAAUGCAUCCUUUACAUUGUGGCUGCAUUUGGUAAGGGAUGUAGGGAUGUGUGUGCUGUGGAUGCAUCCUUAUGUAUUCAGAUGAUAUAACCCAUAUCUCCCAUCCCACCUCCACUGUGUUCCCACGGUUAUUUGUCAUUUUCUCUCUGUACUUUCUUUGCGGUCUGCCUUUGGAGCCUCUUUUAUUUUUCUACCUCAGCAUUUAUCUUCCUCACCUCUGAACGUAUUCCUAAUCUUGUUUCUUUGUGAAUGCCAACAUUCUGUCCGUAGACUUUCCACACAGUAACAACAGUUUACAGUUGUGAGAGAAAUUGUUUACUAGUGUAGAUAUCUUGGUUUAGGUAGUAUUCCAUGCAAUAUUAAUGUGAGUUACAUAAAAGCAAGCGUGAUAAUCUCCAAAACAAGGCUCUGGUGUGGUUGUUGUUUGCUACAGCAUGUUGUGUCUUGUGUAGACGUCAAGGGUCACCAGAUGCCAGCUGUGAUGAGUCACGACUCACUGAGUCACUGGCAGUCAGCUAGGAGCUGGUAGCAUGGUCAUCUGGAGACUUCUCGUUUAAUACUUGAGUCACAUCCCCUUAAGGCUUCCUGUAAAAUCACGGCUCAUAAUAAUUGCCAGAUUAAAUUUCUUUAUUGAGUUGUAGGUCCUUGCGUGCUGACAAAAAGAGGAUGUUAUCACCAGUGCCUUAUUUACUCACCAAUAAGCUGAGACACGGAACAGAGAUUUCACUUGUUCUCUACUGUAGACAUAUACAUAUAUGGUGCGAUUCAUAUUUGAGAGGCAACCCUUACCUGAUAAGGUAUUUUUGUGACCCAAAUUAUAGCUGCUAACCGACCCAUACGCAGGGGCAACUCUUCUGCGGAUAAACACAGUAUGUCUUCCAUAUGCAGAAAAAAAAAUUUAAAACUCUUUAACCAAGAUGAUGAACUAGUAGUUAUGAAAUAUUUGGUGUACAUUAAGGAGUUUGUGUUACUAUAACAGAAUAUCUACAUUCUGGAAAGUCAAGAAGUUGUAAUUCAUCAGUGGAACAUCAAGGAAUUUACUUGAAAUCCUCGGAAGUCAUGUAAAUUCUCCAGUGAUAGUAAAUUCAGGGGGAAAUGUCAUACUCCAGUCUGCCAUUAUACAAACUGUAAAGCAUUUUUUUUCCAGAUGGUGUUAUAGUGCAUACUUACUAGAAAAAGUUAUAUGCGAGGGGGGAGGGAUCUAUUUUCUUUAUUCAUUUCAGGAAAUUGUAUAAAGGUUAAUUUUAUUUAAAAAAUUACUAAUUCAGGAAAAUCAAAAAUUUUGGUCAGGAAAAAUUUAGAAUUUUUUUAUUGUUUGUGUGGAUACCAUGUGACCUGUAAUAGAAGCAUAGUAGGCUGAAUUUGAACAUAGUUUUGAGAUUUCGCUGCUUCUGUUUUCAAUAGCCAAUUUUGUUGGUAUGGUAAGGUACACAUUCUUUUAUGUUCAUGUGCAAAGUAGCUGUUUCCAAUGUUUUACAAAUGGAAACACUAGUUUUCAGAUGAAAAUUCUUAAAGGUAGCAUUUAUUAGAGUAAAAAUAUUUUGUUUGUGUUCCAUGCAUGCAUAAUAUAGAGGGAUUUAUGUAUUUUUUAUUUUUCAGAUCUUUCGAUAAGGAACUUAAAUCAUAAAUAUAUUUAUUAUAGUAAUUUUAAGAGCUGUUAUGUGUGAGUGCCCUUGCGUACGUGUACCCGUGUGAAUAUAUGAGAGUGUAAAUAUGUAUAAAAUUAAUUUAUAUAAGGAAAUAAGUAAAUUUAUUACUAAACACCAUUUACUAUUGAAAUUUUUGAAUUUUUUAUGUUAGUGAAAUGCAAGAGUUACAAUUUUUAUAGUUUGGUUGGAGUGAUUCCACAGUAUUCCAAAACAGAUUAUUUAUUCCUAAAAAGAAUGAAUACGCUACUUUGAUAUUCAAUACCAAAAAUCUAAAUUUCUGCAUUGUAUAUUUAAAACACAGUAUCUAGUAUAAAGACUUUCAAUGGGUAUCUUUCCUUUUUGGAAGAUGUCUACUAUUAAAAUAAUUUAUAUUUGAUUUUGAAAACUAAUCGCCUUUGUGCCAGAGAGGUCUGAACGUGGACUUGGUGUGAAAAAUGGCAUAUAGAGGUGGGGAGUGAGUCAAUCAGUCAAAGUAUUUAUUAAGACCCCUUCUCGAUUAUGACUUAUUCCCGGGAAUCAUGAGGGGUCUUAACAUUGGGGUUUCACGUAUUACUUUUCUGUGUAACCAUCAUAAUUAAAGUAAACAUAAAUUCUGUGACAAAUUUUUGCGUAGCAGUUUGUUUGAUAGCUUACUAGUGAUUGAUAAUAGUAAGUUGCUCCAGUUUUGACCUUUUAUGACAUUAAUCUAAGCAAAUCAAUACAAAAAAAUCAUCAUCAAGGCUACCAAUGCUGCUUGAGGCUUGUGCGUUAUUGACAUAACAAAUCUUAUCUUUUCAAACCUUCGCAACAUACGUUCUAACUGUAGUGGUGAUGUUGAUUUUAAAUUAAAGUUAUCACGUGGGCUACAUGCAAUACAUAUUUGCAAGCAAGAAAAACAUGUUUAGUUUUGUUGUGUUUAUUUAUUUAUGACAUGCGGUAUAGUUUGCUCUUCAUAAAUUUUUCCAAACAGAAUGUGUUUCACUUCAGGAAAGAAAAUGCAUAGUAAAAAUUUUUAUUUCGCAAUGAAAUGUAACUUGAAGUAGGGUAAUAUUUACACAAGGUGUGAAUCAGCUGUGUGUGUGUGUGUGUAUAUAUAUAUAUACACACACACAUACAUACAUAUAUAUCACAAUUUUGUGGACACGAUAAAUGUAGCAAUUUUUCACAAAUCACUUCCAAACUGAUACAUAAAAUCUAGUAGUGGAAAAUUUGGUCGAGUUCGUAAAUGGCAAUAUCCGACCAAAGGGGUAGAAAUGGGUAAGUUUUUUGAAAAACAGAAAAAUCGCUAUAACUCCCAUAAUAUGGAAAAUAUCAUAUUUGUUUGAACGUAUUAUAACUCGUAGGAGUAAUGCCUAAAUCUUUUGUCUGAAUAAAUUUUGAUACGAUCAACCAUAACUGCAAGGGGUUGAAAAAACAAGGGUUGGAGGACAAAAAAAAAUCAUAACUCUGUUCGUAGGCACAACUUCGAAUUCAUUUAUAUUGUGUAUUAAUAUUAUAAUUUUUAUCUAAAACUUUUGUCUUAAACAAUUUUUUAUAAUACAAACGCUUAUUGCAAAAGGUUGAAAAAACCAGGGGCUGGAAUGGAAAAAAAAAAACUUCCCUGCCCGGUACACUAUCGAAUCCAAUCUUAUUUUUGUUAAACUGUCUAAAUAUCGACUAAAAAUUGUUCACCCUACCAUUACUCCAAGGGAUGGAAAUAACAAGGCUUGAAAGUAAAAAAGAAUUACUUUUUUCAAUAGAUAUACUCUCACAUCCAUUAUAUUUUUAAUGUAUGGAUCUUUAACUUCAUCUAAAACUUUGGCUGAAACAAUUUUUGAUGGAAUGGAUUAUUGCCAUAAAAAUGUGGGUUGAAAUUUAAAAAAAUUCAAUACCUACUCUGGAUCAAAUUCAUUUGGAUUAAUUUUUAAAAAAAUCUUAAUAUUAUCUUAAACCUUGGUGCAAAGCAAAUUUUUAUACGACAACAUUAUAAGUGCAAGGGAUUGAAUAUAGUCUUGGAAGGUCAAAAAAUAAUAAUUACAUACUUUAGUUGGCAUGUAUGAAAUUUAAUUUAUUCUCAUUUGUUCAAUGCAGAAUACAUUGAGUUAAAAAUAUUCGUAAUAUUUUCGCUGCAUUGGUAAAUCAGCAAAUAUUUAAUCUAUCAUUUCUUAAUAUUGGAGAACAUAAAUGUGUUAUGUACAAUAAAUUCUGAAAAAGUAUUUGUUCAUAUAAAGUUGAAAUUCUUUCCAUGAGAAAUGUUUUAACAGUGUUCUACUGUAUGUAGUAGAUGCACUCACUCUGCAUAGGGACCUUAGCACUCUGAAUACCAAACAAAAGAAGCACAGGGCACUGCCAAUCAUUUAUUUAUGAAUGGUUAAAGUCAUAUAAUAUUAAUAGAAACUGGUUAAUUCCCUCAGCCUGAAAACUAAUUCAUAUCUACGCUGCUUGGUCACAUUUCCAUCCAAUACACCAAUGGAAUGGAGGAAAAAUAUAAAACAUACACUAUCUCUGUUAUAAGAUGCAAGAAAAUUUUCCACUAUUAUGUUAGCCUAUAUAUUCUUUCAUGGGUUGAAAGAAAAAUUUAUAUGGCAUGAUAAUUUUGUACGUAUGUGAACACACUGUCACUGUGUCAAGUUUGGCAUCAUUUGUUGAUAUCAGUGAAAGACUCGAAGUAACAGUAUGUAUAACCAGUCUUUUUAAAUAACUGAUUAGGUAUAUAAUGUAAAAAUUUUCUUGUGGGUAACUUUAUCAAAUUGAAAUCAUGUAUCAGGAAAGAGAGGCAAGUUGAAUAAUGCUAUAGGUUUUUUUAUUUUUAAAAUUAUGCCCUGCAGUUAAAAUUUAAUUGAUUUUCUGGUUUGCACCAUCAUGGAUUUUUCAGAUAUCAGUCAAAGCAAAGCCUUAUUUUAUUUGACACAAAAAAAUUAAUUUUUAAAGAUUCUGAGGCUUUUUUAAAGAGUAGAAUUAAAUAAAAGUCUACUUUAAUGCAGUCGUUAUGGGAUGUAACUAACGUUUAAUAGUAAAGGGAAGCAGUCAAGUAGACACAAAUAGUUUUCAACUGUCAGCUCACUGAUAAGUAUGUAUGUACGUAAGUACUUACGUAUGUAUAAAAUAGCACACAACGCAAGUGUGAGAUUCCUCAGUCCUGGUUGUUGGGAAGUAAGGGCUUUUGAGAUUUAUUUCGAGCAUCAUCUUUGGUUCAUUUUCUCUUGUUACGUUCGUUGAGCCGUUGAAAGAGAAGACACACGGCAGCAGACUCAUUUGUGAGCAGCGCCCGCCCAGUGUUUCUUUUCGUUUGAAAUGUGGCAAAGAGAAGAAAAAAAAUUGUUUGGAUCUGGUGGAAGAAAUUUGACCACAAACAUGUAGCAAUAGGACUCUGCAACCCCAACAUCCUGUGACAGGGUGUUUCCGUUAGACAACUCACAGCGCCUGACCGCAUGCAGGCCCACUCGUAGGCCCACCCUCUUCAUAGUAACCGCCUGCCGCUGGCGAUGGCUCACCUGCAUGGCAGACAAAAUAAAAGCGGAAACGAAAAAAAAAUAUAUAUAUAUGUCCGUUUUACACAAGCGACCAUGCAUUGGAGAGGAAAAUGAAAGGAAUGCCAGCUUUUAUCAUCGAUUUUCCUACAUUUCUAUUCGUCACAUAUUCAACACACAGAUCAAGGGUUUUAAGGUUGAAAAAGGAAGAAUUUUAGCCUUUGGUGAUAACUAUCUGUUAUUGGCUUGGAAUUUAUUUUUUUCCCGGGGCUUAUCGGAUACAAAAAUCAGAAUGUAUGGGCUGGCAAUAAAGCCACGUUCUCCCGAAGCCAGCCGAUGCUCUCUCCUGCUUGAGGGACCACUGGCGUCAGUAUCCAUGUCUCCCUUGAUGCUGGGAUGUCCGUGGUCUCAAGCUGUGAGACUAUGUCGCACAGCCACGCACAGAGGCUCGAGGCGACGGACUCUCUCAAGGUCGUAGUGGGCUCCGAACCACUUGGCAGUGGUUCUGUGCCCAUGAAGGGGAGUCUUGCCGAGCUGGGGUCGAGCGUGACGUUGAGAGGUUCCCCUCCCACUUGCUUCUUCAUCAACUAAAGAAAAAAAAUUAAAAACUCUACAUUUGUGUCUUAGAUGAAAGAAAAAAAGUUUUAUUACUUCAAUUUUUUUUCAUUUUGGCCAUUAAUUUUUGCUUAUUUUCCAGAUUCCAUGUUUAAAUAAUAUAUAGUUCUCGUUGUUGGACUAAACAUAGUGUAGUAUGGAAGAACCAUCUUGAUUUGGGAGUCGAAAUAAAAUCUCUGUAAUAAUCCCACCUAUAAAUAAUAACUACAAUGCUUGUGUGCUCUAAGAAAUUCCCUUAAUUUACUGUACUAGGUAGUGUGAUGUGCGAAUAUAAGAUUUGGGAGUCGGAUUCAAAACUCUGUAAUAAUCCCACCUAUAAAUAAUAACUACAAUGUUUGUGUGCUCUUAAGAAAUUACCUUAAUUUACUGUAGGUAGUGCUUUUUUUGUACAUAAUAAUGAUGUAUUUUAUUUGUCUGGGAAUGUAUGUCAAUAUUGCCUGUGCAGAGUAUGCUCAUAAUAUUGUGUGAAUAGUUUAUUCGUGGAAUAUUACUUAAAACCGCUGUACAUAUUUGGUACUUAUUCUUACUGUAAAGAUUUUUUUGUUGUUAGCAAGGAGCCAAUGACCAGUAUGUAAACUAAUGAACGGAAAAACUGCAGUGCUUGGAGUAGGAAUUUUACCUUGUACAGGUGUAGUGGGUAGAUGUGAACAGACAUGGAAUAUAUCCAUCAUACUAACACACUCCCGCACAUAACUGGCGUCCGUGCGAGCAUGUGUUAAAGGUUUGAGGUUUAUGAACAAGGACUCAGGGUUCGGCUGGAAUUCAUCACGGCUGCAGCUUUGGUAUAAUCUUACGAAGGUACACUGGAACCUCACAUCACAAAGUACAUCACUGUAAAUUAUUUCUUUUCAGCUUAUUUACAGGUCCAUCUAAGAUGUUUUAACUUUGGUAAUGGUUCAGUGUAAAGUUCUUUCAGUAUUAAAUGCCAAACCUGUUACGUGUAGUGAAAUUUCACUGGCAUUUGAAACUUGUACAUAUAUUGUAGAAAAGGACACUUUAAACGUGAAUGUUAUUUUUGUUGAACUGUGGCUAUCAAAUUUGGAAUGUUGGUUGUAAAGGAAGAUAAAGAUAUAUAAUUUCACUCGUAUCAUGAUUGAUAUUGAGAAUUUUGUGUGGUCAUAUGUCAGAUAUUGGUUUAAUGAAAGUGCAAUUGUUUUCGCAAGGCAAUGUGUGUGUGUGGGCAUACUUGGAGCAGGCUGUGUGGGGUUAAGUACUCCAAGCCAGAUGUAUUGUAAUGAUUCUUAAAAUAUUCAGUACAAUUUUAUGUUUAUUGAUUGAAGAGAGUGUUAUAGAUUUACUUAUAAUGUGCUUAUUUGUGAAAUUAUUUAUAGUAAUAAUUUUUUUAGUUAAAAUAUAGAGACAAAAAUUAUUUUGUAAGCUGCACAUAUUUUGUCAUCAUAAAGCAUUAAUAAAGUGAUUUGUUGAACUUUA